CAAAGGAACCAGCAGUUGUGUGCCGACUAGCGGCAGUUCUGAGCUCUGUGUUCAGUGCCUCUCUUUUCUUCUUUUCUUUGUGGUCGCUAACACCACAAAUUAUUACUCCCUAGGUGAAGACCUAUCAGUACGACUCCGUUUCUCUCCACACGCCGAAGAGAGCUCCUCUCCCUCACACUCCAGCUUAUUAAACAGAAGUAGGAUCAUUCUACAUCAAGGUGUCUGUGUGCGAGUAAAAAGGAAAAUAAAAAUGUUGAAGCAUGUCUUUGGGAAGAUGUGGAGCAAAGGGGUUCAUGUGUAUGGAGGAAACAGAGUUCUGCCUUGCCUGUAUGUGUCCACCGGUGGUUUCCACAGUGGGCAGGUCAAUUGUGCACAGAGAAGUUUUUUCGGGGUAGAGGAUUUCCUUGAUGAUAACAAUAGCCGGCCAUACACUUACCAGAAGGAGAAGAUUUCCAAAAAUCCACAAAAACAUGUAUCAUUCAAACAGCGCACCAUAGCCUACAUUGAACCAUUUACACUUGAUGUGUUCAUCUCAAAGCGGUUUGUUUCAGCCUCUAUCACCCACCGGGUGACCUGCAAGCAGGUUGCAGUUGCCGGUACCAACUCCAAAGACAUUAAAGCUGUCCUCAAGUCUCGCUGUGAUAUACCGGCCUGUUUGGCCGUCGGCCAAAUCUUAGCCGAUAGGGCAAGAGAAGCUGAUGUCUACACUGCUGCUUAUACUCCCAGGGACAGGGACAAGUUUGAAGGGAAGAUUAGGGCAGUUGUUCAAUCCCUCAUUGAUAGUGGGAUUGAUGUUAAAGUUUAUCUUGACUGAAUUGGUUUUUCUUUCUCCUUUGAAUUUAAUUUUCUUUGGACGCUGUCAGAGGUUUUGUAUGGAACUCUUAUUUGUGAUUAUAAAGGCAUAUCAUUGCCAAUUUCUGAUAGUUAA